UACCUCCUAUACCAUCAUCCUACUACAACACCAACACUGAUUGUUUCACUCACUCAGAAGUGUAUCUCUGCUAGUGGGACAUCAUACACCCGGAUGGUCUAGAGGAGGAACUGAGUAUUCUAUCACUGUCACUGCCACUCUGACUGGGAAUGAGGGACUCAAGAAGGCAGCACCACAGCCACCACACUGACUGCUGCUCCAUCUGCCCCUCCUACUGGUGUGGUGGUGAGAGUGGAGAGUUCCACUAG